AUGGAGAGGUCUGUCAGAUUUACCAUAGUUUUAGUGGCCAUCUCGCUCCUACUUUCUUGGAGUCCCACUGAAGCGUGGUACAAGCAGGCCACCGGGCCGAGUUACUACUCCGUGGGCAGAGCUUCUGGAUUGCUGUCUGGCAUCCGCAGGUCUCCGUACAUCCGGAGGUCUGAAAUGGAGUCUGGUCUGGAAAGCGAGGAGCCCGAUGGAAACAACGCAAUACCCGGUUCGAGAAGCAAACAGAACUCGAUCCUGAAAAACAUAGCUAUAUGCGUGAAAGAUAUUUCACCGGACCUGGAAAGUUGUGCGGCCGUAGAGGGGGACAGCAGCACUUUUCAGUGCAAGGCGGACGUGCUCUUAUCGCUGGACUCUCAGCACUGCGUGAGAGCCUGAUGGCCGCUCAGCCCGCUGUACUCCGCUCUCACCGUCUCGUACCUCGGAAUAAGAAACGGGCGGCGUACGGACGGCACUGAAUUUUUCCUCAGUUUACACAACUGGAAAAAAAGCAACGAACUUUUUUGCGUUUUGCUAGCCGUGUUCUUUUGACGUCUCCUGAUCAGCUGUAUCACCACAAUUUGUUACCGCCAAAUGUAUUAAAUGAUUGAUGGGUGGAUCUUAUUGGAUUGUUUUUAUUACUAGUAGAUAGUCCAGUCUACAUAUCAAGCUGAUAAUGGGGAGUUUGAAUUUCUCAACAUAAGUUGGAUCGAGAAUUUUGUCGUUUGCUCUGUAGGUCUUGAAAGUAUUUUGUUUUUAGAGUUUUAAAUAUUCUUUGAAUUAUAAUCUAAGAUUAUUAUGUAGUUAUAUUUACUUUUAUAAAUAGUUCAGAGAAAAUGCAAUGUUUAAACGACAGCAUAACUCGUCAAUGCAAUAUUUCAGUUAAAGUGUUUCUGUAAAUACAUUUAUUGACCAAUUUGCUGGACCAAACAACGUGUAGGCCUACCUUACAUUUAUUCUGAUACUUCACUAUAGGCUAGUUACUUACGAUCAGUCUUUAGUUACGCAUGUGCAUUUCAUUCCUAAAAUUCCUUCAUCGUAUCGGUAUCUGACCUGGAGCGCUGUGUGUCUGAUGGUCUAAUUGGUAACAUUAUGUUUGAGGUAAACGUGCAGUGAAAUUUGUGUAUAAAAAUCUACCAAAAGUUACAAUGGAAAAAUAAAGUUUUAAAUGAAUGUU